UAGAAUCUAGCAACUUAGAAAUUGAAACCCAUAUAGUACCUCUUAGCAAGCAUGGCAACAAAGAUAUUUGCCCUCCUUGCACUCCUUGCUCUCUCUGUGAGUGCUACCACCGCGGUAAUUAUUCCGCAGUACUCACUAGCCGCCUCCGCUGCCACUAUUCCACAGUACCUCUCACCUAUCGCAGCCGUCGGAUAUGAGCACCCGAUUGUGCAGUCCAACAGGCUUCAACAUGCACUUGCUGCUAGCAUCCUACAAUCACAGGCAAUUGUCCUACAACAACAGUCUGCCUUACUGCAGCAGCAAUCUUUGGCCCAUCUGACAGUACAGAGCACCAUGGCACAACAACAACAACGCGUUCUUUCACCGUUCAGCCAGCUAGCUCGGCAGAACCCCGCCGCUUACUUGCAGCAACAGAUGUUGCUCCCAUUCAACCAACUAGCCGCCGUGAACUCCGCUGCUUACUCACAGCAGCAACUGCUUCCAUUCAACCAACUAGCUGUUGCGAACUCUGUCGCCUUCUCGCAGCAGCUGUUCAACCCAUUUGCUGUGGCUCAACCCGCCGCCUUCUGGCAGCAACAGCAGCUACAACAGAUGUUGCUCCCAUUCAACCAACUAGCCGCCGUGAACUCCGCUGCUUACUCACAGCAGCAACUGCUUCCAUUCAACCAACUAGCUGUUGCGAACUCUGUCGCCUUCUCGCAGCAGCUGUUCAACCCAUUUGCUGUGGCUCAACCCGCCGCCUUCUGGCAGCAACAGCAGCUAGUCAACCAACUGGCUUUGACGAGUUCUGCAGCCUUCUUCCAGCGACCCAUCGUUGGUUCUACCAUCUUCUGAAUUCCAUAUGAGUUGUACUUCUAUAAUAACAUUUUCAUGCCGACUUGUGUAACUCCUCGGAAAUAAAGUAAUAAUUGAGACUCUAAACUCC